AAUCAAAAGAACGGCCCAAGCUCGCGAGGCAGUCGAUCGUCUUCUUCCUCUUCGAAUCAGUUUCGCGCAUCUCUUGCUCGCUGUGCCUCCGGAUACGAGAAACGAUGGAAGGAGAAGCAGAUGGAUCCGACUCCGCAGCAGACGUCUCUGCGUUGGGCAAGAAGCAUCUGGCGAUGCUCGAGCGCCUCUCGAACCGCCACCAAUCUCGCCCCGACAAGUCCGGUUCGCCGCCGCCCGCCGCCUCCUUCGAAUCCACCUCGUCCUUCCUUUCCCUCUUCAACGAGUCCAGAAUGUCCAUCGAGUCCCGCCUCGCUCAGUGCCGGCUCGCGGAUCGGUCCCUGCUCCAGCUCAAUUUCGACGAGAUCUCCGCCUCCAUCGCCAACCUCGAGAAGCUCGUCGCGGAGAGCUCCUACUACCUGCCCCCCUACGAAGUCCGAUCCUCUCUGAAGACCAUAUCCGAUCUGAAGCAGGCCCUCGACAAUCUGAGCUCCGAGCUGAUCCCCAAGAAGAAGUUCUCUUUCAAGAACAAACCCGCGAGAAAGGAACCGACAGCGCCUUCGUCGAAGGGAGCUGAAGCGGACGGUCACGGUUCGAGGCCGGCCGCGAAAGCUGGGAGCUUGGCAGUCGCGGUGCCCGAUUCACCGGGUUUUAGAAACAGGGCAAACGAGGUUUUGGCGAAGGACGUGAGGGGACUGGAGGUUGGCGAGUUCACGCUGUCGGAUCUGGAGUCGUGCGAAGUGAGGCUGAUUGGGUGCACGAGGGCGCUGUUCGUGCACAGAUUGAGGAAUUGCAGGGUCUACGCAGGGCCGGUGACCGGGUCGGUCCUGAUCGAGGAGGCGGAGGAUUGCGUGUUCCUGUUGGCGUCGCACCAGAUAAGGAUCCACAACGCCAAGGCGAGCGAUUUCUACUUGAGGGUGAGGAGCAGACCCAUCAUCGAGGAUUGCACGGGAGCGAGGUUCGCUCCGUAUCGUCUGAACUAUCGGGGAAUCGAGCAGGAUCUCGAGGACGCCGCGCUGGGUGAAGAAACCGGGAACUGGUCCAAGGUCGACGAUUUCAAGUGGUUGAGGGCCGCGCAAUCUCCAAACUGGUCGGUUUUGCCCGAGAACGAGCGCAUUGGAACUGUCGACAUCUCCGAGUUGUCUGCUUGAGAGCUGGCGAUGGUGAGAGAUCGAGCCAAGAUUUCGGUGGAGUUUGUUUGUCUCUUCGGUUCCGUUAUUGGCUUAUGUUUGAUUCAACUGAUCUUCAUCCUGGCUUUAUAUGAAGAGGAAAGAGAAAUUGAUCCGUCC